CUCCCUGAGGGGGUUAAUUGUGACCAUCUCUUCAACGUCUUAUGCCUUUAUGGCAAUAUCGCUAGGAUAAAAUUCCUAAAGAGUAGACCUGGUUGUGCCAUGAUCCAAAUGGGUUCAAAGGAGGCAGCCGAUCGCGUUAGUGAGCACCUGAACGGAGCGACUGUAUUUGGACAGGUAAUCCAGUUUCAUCACAGCAAGCAGACCGAAGUACAAGAACAUGCUGGCCUUGGGACGCUUUCAGAUGGUUCCCCUGUAAUGAAGAACUACAUGACCGAUUCGAAUAAUCGCUUCAGAAACCCAAUCGUCGCCGCCAAAAGUCGAAUACUGGCUCCUACUCGCACGCUUCAUUUCUUUAACGCUCCAUUGAAUUUCUCCCCUGAAGAUAUGUGCCGAGUCUUCGCUGACUGUGGUGUAAAACGGCCGCCGCGAAUUGUAGUGUUUACUGCCAAGCCCGGACAGAAGACGUCACUGGGCCUUGCCGAAUGGGACACUGUGCCUGAUGCCCUUGAUGCAUUGUCAUUGUCAAAUCACCGACCAAUUCAUAUUGUUGGUUUCGCUCAUCCUUUCCACUUAAAGUUGGCAUUCAGUCCAAAGCCGAUAUCUGACGACCGAGCUGGCGCUUGCAUGAUCAAGUAUCCUGCUCCACCUAUGCAUCAUAAGGAUGCUAUUAUAAGCCGCAAGCCAACCUACAAUACUGCUGCCGCUGCCGACGUUUCUGGCUACGGGUUUCAACCACAUACAAUUGUUACUGUCGCCUCACCCUCCAUCCAAUCCGCGCUCUUAAAUGCAGCAAGUGACGGUGACAAGCCCGUUGAAAUAGGUCCUGUUAUGCCACCUCAUAUUCAGUCGCACGUUUCACGUGACAAUGGGGACUCAACGUCAAAUGAAGCGCCAAAAACCUCUGAAACCUUUAGUGUUGAUGAGUUGGAGGCUGAGGAGGCUGCUUAUCUA